AUGCCUAGUGAGAGGAAAAUGAAGGCAAAGGAGUUGAAACGGAGAAAUGUCGUGGAAGCAUUGAAGAGGAUGAACGAGUUUUUGGAAAAUUUUGAUCCUGUUCAGCAUCAACGCGAAGUCCCCCUUCGUCUCGAACGUUUGGACAAGCUGACUGAAACCUUCGAGAUGAUUCAAUCGGAGUAUGAAGAAUUCGACGAUAGUGAAAAGUUUGUGACCGCUAACUUGGAAUGCAGAGCAGCCGUAGAAGAGCAGUACUUUCAUAUCAAAGCUGGUUUACUGUCGAAGAUGCCACAACCCGUUCCCGUUCCGAUUGCUCAAACAUCGACUGCUGAAAUCCAUCCCGGCUCAUCUGGUUUGGCUAAUGUGAAACUACCGACUAUCACGCUGCCAGAGUUUGAUGGAGAUUUCAACAAUUGGCUGACGUUUCACGACACUUUCGUCUCCAUGAUACAUUCAUCGACAGAGAUUUCCUGCGUGCAGAAAUUUCAUUAUCUUCGUGCAGCACUGAAGGGAGAAGCUGCAAACUUGAUCCAGUCGAUUACAAUUACUGCUGCUAAUUAUUCCGUAGCUUGGGACACGCUCGUCAAACGCUACUCCAAUAGGUCUAUUCUUCGGAAGAAACAUAUUCGCGCGCUGCUGAAAUACCCGAAAAUCCCCAACAAUUCCGUCGAUGCUCUGCAUAAGAUAGUGGAUGAUUUCCAGCGUCAUACAAAGGUAUUACAGAAACUAGGUGAACCCGUCGAACAUUUCAGUUGUAUUUUGAUGGAGCUACUGGAAGACAAGUUGGACGAUGCUUCACUGCAUGCUUGGGAAGAAUCAGUCUCGUCAGAUGAACAACCCACAUACACCAAGAUGAUAGAAUUCCUCCAGAAAAGGACCCGUGUGCUGGAAACUAUUCUCAUUAACCGCCCGCAACAUGCCCAUCAAAAAUCUGCUAGCCACAGUUCCGGAAACAAGAAGCCGUUUCAAACUCGUGUGAAUUCAAAUGCCAUGACCGAAGCUUUGCAAAAACCGUUCCCGUUAUGCCCUGCUUGUGAGAAAGAGAAGCAUUCAAUUUUGGAUUGUUCUGUAUUCAAUGGAUUCGAUGUUAAAGGACGUUUGAAGAUCGUAGCUGAUAAAGGUCUUUGCAAAUUCAUUCAACGAGACAUCGUUGCAAUAACAGUGAAAGCACCGAUGGCUAGAGGAAAGCAGGAGAUUGUGAUCGCAUCUGCCUACUUUCCUGGCGAUGCGCACCACCUUCUGAAAUCGAAUCCCUCAAUAAGUACUGCAGAAGCAUAA